AUAUCAUGUUGUAUCAUAUUUUUUUCAGAUGUCCAUUCUUCAGCACAACUUGUUCAGUCAGAACCAGCAGUGGUAAAGCCAGGAAAUUCCCACACACUGACCUGUACAGCUUCUGGAUUCAACUUUGCAGGCUUUUGGAUGGCAUGGAUCAGGCAGUCUCCUAAUGGACCGCUGCAGUGGUUAUGUGAGAUUCACCCAGAUGGUAGCACCAAAAACUAUAUUGACUCUAUUAAAGGACAAUUUACAGUCUCCAGAGAUAACAGUAAAAAUGAAUUAAAUUUAAAAAUGGACAAAAUGAAGACGGAGGACACUGCUGUGUAUUACUGUGCAAACGUUUCUAUUUUUUAUUACAUUUUUUCUUUUUUUAUUUUUCAGCACACUGUGACCAAAGCAAUACAAUGUUACCAUAGUAACAUUGAACUACUCUGGGCAAGUGAUCAGGAUUAUUUUUUUUUAACACAUUAUGAUUGCUCAUUGAUAUUUGCAAUAAUUGUUACUGAAUGA